AUGGCGCAGUAUGGUAGGAGGCCUGGUGAAUUUGCUGCCCGCUGGCUGAAGUUGACGUCGGACGACGUGAAGGAGCAGAUCUACAAGCUGGCCAAGAAGGGGUUGACGCCCUCACAGAUCGGUGUCAUCCUGAGGGAUUCUCAUGGUGUUGCCCAGGUUCGUUUUGUCACUGGCAACAAAAUCUUGAGGAUCCUUAAAUCCAAAGGACUUGCUCCGGACCUUCCAGAGGAUCUGUACCAUUUGAUCAAGAAGGCUGUUGCUGUUCGCAAACAUCUUGAGAGGAACAGAAAAGAUAAAGAUGCUAAAUUCCGCCUGAUUCUGAUUGAGAGCAGAAUUCACAGGCUGGCUCGCUACUACAAGACCAAGAGAGUGCUACCACCCAAUUGGAAGUAUGAAUCAUCCACAGCUUCUGCCCUGGUCGCAUAAGAGUUGAUUUCUUUUACUUUAAAAGAAUAAAGUUACAUAACUAAA